GCCGAAGAGCAUAUUAACAGAUAAUAACGCAGGCGUUUUAUUACUGGGAUGUUUGGGCACUGGGCCACGCCCAUUUCUCAGUUUCCCCGCUUGGUCACGCCCCCAAGCCGACUCCGCAGCCAAUCAACGUCGCCCAGCCCUCCCAUUCCACAAUACUUGAUUCUAUAGAGACGUAUUGUUAUGCAAACUAGUUCGUCUAAAAUAUCCCCCUGGCAACGCAGCUCUGGGCAGAGAAUCACCGGGACCGCGCGACGGACAAACAGCAGCGGGCAAGCGUCAAAUUUUGGAGUCACUUCUUCCCGUCCAAACGUCAAGAUCACCCUUGCCAAAUAAACCACCGCGGGACGCGAGAGACGCAUUUCCUGAGGUAAAUGAACGUUAACUCAGACGUCUCUAAAAGCUAACGGCCCUCGAUGCGCUUAACCGGAGAUACAGCCGUUCACACGCCUCCUUUCCCACACUAAAUAACUCCAUAUUCUGCCAUAACCUGGUGCUGCUACUGAGAGACACUUACACACACACACACGGAGAAUUAUACUUUUGUGGAUGAUUGAACUUUCUCGCUAGGUCUUUGGAUAUAUAGCCACCGACUGCAUUUGCACACCAAGUGUGUCGUUUACUUGUCCUUUUUGGGAUAUACGCUCGCCUAAGCUGGUUUUAGUCCAGUCAAGCCGCGAAUAUCCCAGUACUAGAGACUGUAAAGGCGGCUGAGAGCAUCAUGAGCCAGGCGGAUAUAUCGACGUGCUCGGCGCCGCAGAGAGUCUUCCAGGAGGCGGUGAAGAAAGGCAACACGAAGGAGCUCCAUUCGCUGCUGCAGAACAUGACCAACUGCGAGUUUAACGUGAAUUCGUUUGGCCCCGAGGGACAGACGGCGCUGCAUCAGUCGGUCAUCGACGGGAACCUGGAGCUCGUGAAACUGCUGGUGAAGUUCGGAGCCGAUAUACGGCUGGCUAACCGGGAGGGCUGGAGCGCGUUGCACAUCGCCGCUUUCGGAGGACACCAAGACAUCGUGUUAUACCUCAUCACCAAGGCCAAGUACUCCUCCGGCGCGCGGUGAUCCGGUAGAAGCACGCGGAAAGACCGGGCUCGUUUCAUUCUAGCGUUGGAUCUGCCAAGCUCGAGUUCCCUUGUACCUUAAAACCAAAUGAGGGCUGUAGCCUUUUUCUUUCCCGUGUCAGAUCUGGCGAUGAGAGAAUCUGAAACGCUUGCUGUUUGGGAUGUGCGUUGGUACUAUAGCUUUUUAUUGAAUGUUUAAGUCAUCAGAUCUGCACUGUGUGGCUUUACCAGGGCUUGACCGGUUGACCUGGAGACAUCGAGAUGGCACUUGAUGCUGUGGCUGAAUGCUGGAAUAGUUGCAAGAGGUGAACUCCAGAAUGAAGGCCAUCCUCUGUUUUGGCUAGACACUGUCUUUUAAUACGAACCUUAAGUCGUUUCAUCAAUCAAAUCUUGUGGCAUUGGUGACCAGUGCUGAAAUAUGUCCUCGAAAUAACAAGUGACUUAUUCCUAAGUACUGUACACAUAGCUUUACUGUGUUCUUUCUCUGUACAAGUAGUCUAUUCCCUCUGCCUUCACCUAGCAGACGGCUUCCACACAGCUUUCAGGCCAGUGCGACCCACGUCUAUGGUUAACGUGUUACUAAAAACCGCUGCUUUCGCUUUUUUUUUGUAUCAAAACGUCAGGAAAGUCGCCUUUGGGACACACUUUAUAAUCUUCUUUCAGUAUUUUGAAUUAACACCCUGGUCAUCACUGUGAAUACAGGUUGGGUUUGUCUUUUUAUUUAUGAAGGUACAUUGAGAUAAUGCAUUUAAAUUAUGUUGUGGUUAUUUUUAAGACUAUAGCCUAAGUGUAAAAGUAUGUAGGGUGACCUAAAGCUGCUUCGGACUCGUUACAGGCUAAACUGUCCCGUGUGGAGAUUCCGCGCCACGGCCCCCCACGUGUACACCUUUUUUCCCGGGAAAAAUGCGUCCCCUUUUAUCCUGGUUCUCUGCAUCAGCUACCUCGACUUGAAAGUAUUCGAAUAUCAUAUGCUCUCUUUCUCAAGCCUUCUCCUUAACUGUGCUCAGUUACCCACUAGUGCUCGUUUUUUGGUCAACAGAAUCAGUAGGCUCUGUCCAGGUCGUUUUACUUGAUGUUUUCUUACGGUCAUCCUCGUUUUUUGUUUUACAAUCUUCACUCGGGACAAUUUAUCUCCUUGAACCAAAAUUAAGAUCCAUUGGUUAUUCGAAAAAUUUUUUUUUCUUUCGUCAAGCGUGGUUGAGACAUUAUAUAUGUAGGUUUUAUUUCAGCCAAUUGCUUAAUUUUUGCGUUGUCAUUUUUGGUUUAUGUUGUAGUUACAAAAAGUGCAUUGCAUGACUAUUAAAUGCAGGGAGUUUUGUUGCACAUAAAUGUGGAGCCUUUUACGCCCCCUAGUGCCUGGUCGGGUAACUGCAGGAGCUGAGGCUUACCAAUAGUUACUACUGAGCAGGACUAUAUGAACAUUGAGAAGAAGACUAUGACUUCUGUUGCAGGAAACAUCGACAGAUUCGUUCAAAAAAAGACAGCCUGCCGCCUUUAAGAGUCAUGGCACCUGAUGUUUGUUUCAAUGCUGCUUUUAUGUAAUUUUUUUUCUUGAUACAAUGGCCAACGGUGAGUGAACGAGGACAAGUAUCAGUUAGAUAUAUCAUUUUUUUGUCGUUGUUUUUGCGAGAAGCCCCAUGCAGUUGUGUGAGUGUGUGUGAUUGUACUCAUGUCUUGCCACAGUCCAGUGGUGUUGCUGUUGUUUCCAGCCCCCGUUGCUCAACCUGGUUAACCAACCAGGAACUCCUCGUACCUGGAGAUGCAACCGAUGUGAUUCUCACGAUCAUCUAUUCGAUUGGUAUAGGCAGAACAAAUAUGCAUCACUUGUCUUAAACUUGAUAUUUUUACUCUUGUUGAAAAUAUUGCACUGAUGACUGUUGUUAAUUCGUUGACUUCAGGUCAACAUUUAAUUUUUUCUAAAUAGAAAAAAGGAACACAACAAAAUACUAUUGUAUAAAAAAAGCUCCAGGUUAUAUUGUCUCUGUUUGUGCGUUACAAUGUAUAACAUUACGUUUGCAAAGAUGUUUGUAUCUCUGUGAUCGGGUGUAUGUGUAUACAUAUAUAGUAUAUAUAUGGAUAUAUAGACUCUGAUAUCUCAGAGCACUUUCUUAUUUGAAGUGCUCUCCUCCUGAUGUUAAUAAAGGGGAAUAAUACUUGUGAUGGUAAGAUCAUUGUAACAAAAAUAAAUUGCACGAUGUAUAGUUGUUGUACCCCACCAUUUGCCAUAACAUUUAUGACAUUGGGGUUAAAUGACUGGAUAGGUGUAUAUGAAUGAGUAAAAGAGCUGUUGUAUUUUUUAUUUUUCAUCUUGUGUCUCCAGCGAGUGAUGCGAAUGUUCUUUUGUGUUGACUUCAGCUUUUCUUUUUCUUUUCUGUUUGUGUGUGUGUGUGUGUUUUGUUUUGUUUGUAAUUUUUUGAACAUUGGUAACACUGUGAUUCAUGUGUGGUGAGAAUAUGAGUGCUGUAAUAUUUUUAUGUAUGUGUGUGUGUGUUCAAGCCAGU